AUGGCGAUUUCCCCUCGUAUCGAAACGCGGCCCCAGAGCACGAGAGUCGUAGUCUCAUCACGAUGCAUGCACCUUGAUGACACAGGCUUCUGCGUAGAAAAAGGUGCCAGAGCCCAUCCUGUCCCCUUACUUUGCAUUGCAUCUCUGCCGACCACACAGACCAGACUUCGAGAAUGGGAACAAGGAAAUGGUCCCGAUCACGACAGAAACCCUACAGCUCCUUUCAAGAUCCCUCAGCUUUGCCUCGGCUCUCCCCAACGGGCCAGAUGCAGGUGGUCACCCGCAGCGGAUGUCCUAUUGCUCGACCCACUCGCCACCUCACUGUCAAUGCGAGAAAUCAAAUUCCUCGCUUACGACAUUUGUCCGGAGAAAGCGAGUAACAUCCAGCUCAAACCGCUUCAAAGCGAGCAGCAGCCUGGAGAACAUGUGGGCAACGCAACUCGGCCCUCGAGCAACGUCGAAGAGUGAUCGGGUACGGGGAGGAGGUUGGCUCGGGUGGCUCCGAAUAAGCUCAAAAACAACCAUAAUCAAAUUGCUCGCCAAAAUUAACGACGCGUCGCUAGCCUCUCGGCAGGAGGCUUGGCUUGCGGUAGCUUGUCAGCCCAAGGCUUGUCAUAUGGUCGACCUUCCCGAAGCAGCGACUGGUCUCUUUGGGUUAUGCGGGGGAUUCUUCGACUUCAUGUUCGCCGACGGGGGCUUCGCAAGGGGUCCCCGUGCGUCUUCAAGGGACAGACGCGGGUCUUUCUAUCCACCAGUGGUUCUUCCGGGUCUCGAUUGCGAGACCAUCUGGUCCGCCCAGCGAGCUUCCCCAUGCGGUGAGCCAAUGCUCUUGGCUGAUAUGCCCCGUCGGUUGGGAGACGACUGCGAGGAACUAUUGUCCGGGCGACGGGUUGCGAUUCCCGCAACUCUGUACGACUAUAUGAGGGGAGGCCUGUGUCGGUGAGACGAACAUUGGCUCUCCCCACUCUCGCCAGUCUUCUCGUCUACAUCACACAUAAACACCACCGUCAAGAUGCGUUGCUCCAUCCCUCUCGUCGCUGCCUUCGCAGCCAGCGCGUCGUGCAUGGCUCCGUCCG